AGAAAGAAUUAUGAUUAAAUUUGACCAGAAGAAAAUCUAGGUUUCACAGGGUAUAAGUAUGGAUCCAAAGACCGAGGAUUGGACACUACUAGGACUUGGAAUUUCACUCUCUAGUCUUACACUCAUACAGAACACUUUUCAAUGCUUUUCUGGAGCCAAGCGACGAAGCCCUGGUCCUGUACAGUCACUGCACAGAUCUCUGUGUAUAGCAGACACGUUGUACUGCAUUUUUGUACCCGUUGUAAUCGGAGUUCUUCUUCUUACAAAUACAAGGUCUGUUAUUGUUCCACUGAUGAUCAGCUGUUUAACCUGUAGUCUGACCAGUCUGUUCUGUUCGGCUUUCCUCGCAACAGAUAAAACCAUUUCCUUGGCCUGGCCUUUCAUCUACUCUUCAAUAGUCACAGAAUCUAACUCCUUGAAAGCCAGUAUCCUUAUCUGGAUUAUUUCCUUCUUUACCUCCUGCCUAACCCUACUCAGCUCCUAUCCCUGCUCUAGAAAUUCCUUUAACUCCUUAAACCUGACCAAGCUGGUAGAUUCACCCGGAGCUCCUGAAUACAACCCUAACUCCCCUAACCUUACUCAACCAGUGUAUUUACCCGUCAGUCUGGGGCAUGCUGCUUACAUGUCCCAGAGCAGCAGUCACCUUCAAGUCCGAGGGAACAACUCAUCGGGUCCGGAGCUUUAUUUUUCUCCUGAUACCCGUCUAGACUGGAUGCUUGAUCCUGUUCCCGUCUCUCCUGUUCUAACUACAGUACAGAGUACACUUCUAGUUCUAACAUUUGUGUUUCAUCUCUACGUUUACGUUAUAGCACAUCGUCAUGUUAGAACCAUACAGUUAACACACAGAUCAAAUCAUGCCUCUAUACAGCGACUGAAUUCAGUCAUGGCCAGAAGAGAAUCCUGUCCCUUCCCUGCCGAGUAUUCGAAUUCACAAUACCAAAGGAGGGAGUAUACCUACCAUGCACCUUCUUCACCUUCCCCUUCCCCCUUCCAGUCCCCCCUUCAUAUCCCCCCUCCUUCACCUUCUCCUUCACAACACAACAACAAUUCAGAGUUCAACUACAACAACACAGUGUCCCCAUACCAAAACUUUAAAGAGUUGCAGGUUCCUGGUUGUUCCCUAGCACCCCCUGGUUCCCCUGCCCACUCCUCUAGGUGCGGGAGUAGCUGACCCUCUGCCCCUAACUCCCCUGGGAGUAUCCCUAGCCCCCCUUCACAUAGGGACUAUCUACUUCUCAUCUACCCCCUUCUUCUCUCAGCAGCCUGGAUACCUUUUAUAGCUUUCUCUAUAUAUAUACAGAUGAAACCCUGUAAUAUAUCUGAAAGAACAAU